AAGUCAACGUCACUUGUUUUAAAUCAAACUGACCGUCUGACCAAUGUACUCAAUUAAAGUUUAUUUCAUUUAGAUUUACUGCACAUCGGAUGUCUCAUGACCCAAAUUGCGGGUCGCAAUUACACCCACGGCGUAUAAUCAUGCGAUUACAGUGACUUGACUCAAUUGGUGAAGGCCCCAAAGCCAUUUAUUAACAUCAGGAGUAAAUUACCAAGGAGACCAUGUCUCGAUCCCGGGCCUGGCAGCAACAGGCUCUAGCGGCGCAGCGGCGUGACAACGAGCUUCGCCGCGCCGAGGAACUGCAGAAGGUGGCCAACUACUUCGAGAGCAACACCAACAGGUCCCGCCAUCAUGAGCAGUGGACUGCGGAGGGGUAUUAUGUGAAGGCUAAGAAGGAAGCCGAGCUGUAUAGCACAAAGAAGGUUAGAGCUAUACAACUCGAGGAAAGAAGAAAAAAGUUGGAACUAAUGUUGUUUCAAGAAAACAUGCAAUACCAACAAGAAAUGAAGGCUUUGGCUGCAGAGCCCAAGCUUUAUAAAAAUGGGUCAUACCUAAACGACGUACCUACGUCGACUCUAAAGGAAAUCAACCAGGGCAUCAUGGAUAAGGAAGAACAAUUGAGAAGACACGAGGCAGAACUCCGUUUACAUCACGCGUGGCGUCUCCGGCAGCCCGAGUUACGGGCUGCUACGGCGUUUGUUGCCAAUGGGAGGCUGAAAUCUGCAUGGACACAACAAAUAGUGGAGAAGGAGAUAGCAAGAAAGAAGGAGGAAGAGGAGACUCUAAAGAUACUUCAGGAAAGGGACGAGGCGUUGCGUAAGCAGAUAGAGAAGGAAGAAGAGAGACUUAAAGAGAAAGAGAUGCAAAUGAGGGAGCUCCGCGGAAGCUUAGAAGGCCAAAUCGACGAGCUAAGCGAGAAAGAGACAAUCGUCAAACGCCUGCAAAAAGAAGAAGAGAGAGAACUCAUGAUACUCGACGAGCUCAAGUUCAUAUCGAGCGAGCGAGACAGAGAGCACGCGCGGCUGGUGGCAGAGAGGGACGCCACUAUAGUGAAUAUGGGUCUGCAUAAGUAUAAGCUGAAGAAGAAAGUUAUAUCGGUAUUGCAGGAGAUUGAGUUGGAUUUGCAGAUGAUGGAGAAGUUAAAGAAAGCUGUUUUGAAGGAAAUAGAAUCCAACGAAGACAGAAGAUCGAGCUACAAGCGCGUUUUAGACGCAGCACUUCUAGAGUUACACGAGUACCGCGAGCGAGAGCGACAGAGACAGAAGAACAUCGACGCCAUGUACGACGGCGAGGCGAGGCAGCUCAGCGAGAAACAAGACAAGCUUUGGGCUAAAGAGCGCGAAGCCCGCGCUCUCCUCAUGAACGAUGUCCUCACUACCCUGAGGAAACAGGUGGAAGACAAGGUGGAAGCGAGCAGGAUGCAGCAGCGAGCCAACGUGAAGGAGAGGGAACAGAUCCUCGAGCAGAUGGAGAGCUUCCACCACGAGGUCAAGACCAGGGAGAGAGACGCUCAGCUAAAGAACGCAGCGUACUCAACAAUAUCAGCUCUCCAAUCUCAACUCAAAGGCCUAAGCGUGCAGAAACAGAAAUUAGAAGAAGCGGCCGAGAAGGAGGCAGAACUUCGCGAAGCUAGCGCCAAUGAGAGGAAACUCAGGACUGAGAUAGCCAGGAUUAACAGGGACAGGACUGAACAGGCCUGGGCGUAAGGUAGAUACAUUAAUUUAGAAUGGUUAGCUCCACUUGCACCAUCCCACUAACCCGGUGUUACCCGGUUAAACCGUUAACCCAGUGUCAAAUUGUACUGGUAACCAUGGUAACAUUGGUAACUCCAGGUUUAACCGGUUCACCCCGGGUUAGUGGGAUAGUCCAAGUGGCCCUUAGGAAUUGAUUAUAAUUUAUAUUGGUUAAACAUAACCUCAUAAGUAGUGGAUUUGAUACCAUAGUCUGUAUCUUUAGGUAUUAGAAAAGGUAAACAAACAAUUUGUACAUUUUCGGGUAGUUAUAAAGUUUAUUGGUUAACCGACCAAAUACAAAACCGCCUGGAUCAGCCGCUGAUGCUCUGGUUUCCUAGGAUAGCGGUGCCGUCAUAUAGCGGCCGUCUCCAUACAAAUACUACGACGUCCAUAUUUAGCCGUAUUAUUUAGUAUGGAGACGGCCGCUAUAUAAAUCAUCUCAUAUAUGACGGCACUAUCCUAGGAAAACCGAUCUUGAACGACUUGACUUUGACCUACAUUAUUUGAUCAUGUAAUGUUUUUAUCUACCUAUUAUUCUGUUUACCUAUAUUCUGUUUACUUAUAUUUAAAUACCUAAAGAAACAGAGUAUAGUUAGGGCGCAGUUAUGUACUAAAGGCAAAUUUAGGGUUGGUACAGUUGCCAUCAGAUAUAUUGGAGCUGCCGAGGUGCUCAAAAAUAUCUGAACACGCACCCUAGCGCCUUGACAAUAGAGGCGUGUUCAGAUAUUUGUUAGCACCUUGGCCGCUCCGAUAUAUCUGAUGGCGACUGUACGUGUUUUUGUCAACCCAUAUUUUCAAUGAAUUGCAAUAUUGAUAAGGAAUUUUGGUAUUGACUUAUGAUUAUGACCCAGGCCACCUAGGGAUUUUACGAGGUUCGAAAUAAGUGAUAAAACUGAAAGACUUUAUAGCACUAUAUAAAUAAUUUAAGUCUGAUAUUUUAUUGUGUGUGGUGACGAGUGUGUGUGUGUGAGUGUAUUAUAAUGUGAAUGUGCCUUCGUAUUGUAUUUCAUUUGACCUGGCUGUAAUUAAUUCAAAUCGCUUAAGACAGCGGUCGGCAACCUUUUAGCAGCCAAGGGCCAAAUAGUAGUUACCGAAGUACACGCGGGCCGCACUUUGUUAAUAUUUAUGACUUUAUCAGAAAUUGUCGUUUGUCAAUAUUACAUACAAAAUAGCCAGGUAGGCUCGCGGGCCGCAAGUGAGAGGUUCGCAGGCCGUUUGUUGCCGACCGCUGGUUUAAGACAUCAGUAACAAAUAAUUCUAUUGCCUUAGCGUUUGUGCCUUUUAACCGUUUGACAGCCAAUGACUUCUAAUGACGCGCGCGGCUACAUCCCAAUAUCAACCUUCGUGCAUUCAUACAAGGUUCAUAAUGGCGUGCCGCGCACGACUGGCGUGGCGUUUGAAGGGUUGGCGUUUGACGUCAUGAAGUAAAAGUUGUGCAAUUUUUAUACAAUAUAACCCCUAUUCAUAAACGUCUACUAAAGUUGACAAGCCAGUAAUAAUCGUUUGUCCCUUUCCGACGUAUUGGUAUGAUGGAAAGGGACACACGAUUAUUAUCGGCUUGGCAAUUUUAGUAAAGGUUUAUGAAUAAGGGGGUAAGUAUCUAGCAGCUUUUUUCAACCGCGUUCAUAUUCUUCUAAUAAGAAUUAAUGAAAAAAAAGAACCAUUACUAUUUUGUCUUUCAAAUUUAAGUAAGAAUGCAUAGAAAGUCUAGUUAUUUUUGUCAUCCUAUAUAGUACAUAUUUAUUAGUUGACUUUUAAUAUGGGGCUUGUCCUGAAAUAAAUAUUAUUCAUUCAUUCAUUAUACUACAAGCAAAGAGAAUUUGAAGUAGAGGAAUAUUGUCAAAGUAAAUUAUGUAGUCAGUACAUUUACUGCCAUCUUUCGACACAAAUGAUGAACACUUUUAGAACGCCAUUUGACUUUGAUCCUUAUUCUUUCAUUGAUAUGUGUUACAUGUCAAAAAAUAUCGCCAUAUAACCGAGAGUAGGCCAAAGGUAUGGCGGCAGCGCUCGAAGAGAUGGGUUUGGCAUAGGCACCUUUGGCCUAUCGUCAAAUGGCGUUCUAAAAGUGUUCAUCAUUUGUGUCGAAAGAUGGCAGUAAAUGUACUGACUACAUAAUUUACUUUGACAGUAUUCCUCUAGGCUAAAUUCUCUUUGCUACAAGUAAGAGUAAAAUAUAUUGGUUUAUUUUUGUAAUCGAUAUUAAUAUCAUACUUCUGUGAUAAACUGAUGGACUCAUAAAAUAAUGAAAUAAAACAAAUUACCUAGCUAAUGUAAUAAAUCUCUAAAUAACUACUACUACUAGCAUAAUGCUUCAAUUAAUAUUGUAUACUCAACCAGUGUAUUUGUCAAUAACUUUUGUGUGAUAAUUAAAAAAUGUUUACAUAAA